UUUCUGAUACGGGGCGGUAUCAACAUUGGGGUGUAGGACGUGUGCCCCUCCUCUUGCUGGUGACAGAUAAUAGUAGCGGGUGUGAGAAGGAUUUGAACUUGCAACCGAGGCAGAGUGGAGGAGACUCCUAGUUGAAUGACCGAGCAGACUGCGCUCCGAAGAGAGAGGAAAAGAGAGCGCUAUAACAGCUGGGACCAAAACAUCUGUGCGCUAAUCUACUCUUCUGGACCUUGUUCUGGGACUGGAACCCGGGCUCUUUGGAAACUAGAUCGAAUACUUACUUGAUGGAUAUCAGGACCCAAGGUUUUGUAGAGAUGUUGCAUCUCAGGCACCUGCUCUGUCUGGUGUUUCUCUGUCGUGCGUUCGCUGAACAAGAUCCAUCAUGGAGGAUGAAGGUAGAGAAGGCUGCCCCCGCUAGUGGCUCUCUGGCUGGCAGGGUGGUGCUACCAUGCCACUUCUCCAUCACCCCCACCACCCACAACCCUAGCACACAGGGCCCAGAGGACCAGCUGAGGAUCAAGUGGACAAAGCUGGAGGAAGAUGGGGUGCGUGUGGUGCUGGUGGCCCAGGGAGGAGUGAUCAAGGUGGAGCAGGAGUACAAGGGCAGGGUGUCGGUGCCCAACCACCCCCAGGCAUUAGGCGACGCCUCACUGAUCGUUGCCCGCCUGAGGGCUAGCGAUGCUGGGCUGUACCGCUGCGAGGUCAUGCAUGAGAUGGAGGACACCCAGGAUACUGUUCAUCUCAAUGUCAGCGGUGUGGUGUUCCACUACAGGUCUGCUUCUAGCCGCUAUACCUUUUCCUUUCCCGGGGCCGUUGACGCGUGUCGCGCGGCCGGGGCAACCAUCGCUACGGCCGAACAGCUGACUGCCGCCUUCGAGGACGGACUGGACCAGUGUGACGCCGGCUGGAUGGCCGACCAGACAGUCAGAUACCCAAUCACGAAGCCCCGUCCUGGUUGCAUGGGCGAUAUGAUGCACAGGCCUGGGAUCAGGACGUAUGGGCUCAGAGACCCUAAAGAGACCUACGACGUCUACUGUUACGCAGACAAACUACGCGGUGAGGUGUUCUAUGCUCCUAUCCGUUACAAGCUGACCCUUCGCCAGGCUAAGCGCGCGUGCGAGACUCAGGGGGCGGUGCUCGCCUCCCCUGGCAACCUGUUCGCCGCGUGGCGCGGAGGCCUGGAUCGCUGUGACUACGGCUGGCUGUCAGACGGGAGCGCCCGCUACCCCAUCUCGGUCCCCAGGCCCCAGUGUGGAGGAGGGCUGCUGGGGGUCCGGACUCUGUACCGAUUCCCCAACCAGACUGGCUUCCCCAAACCUAUUGACAGACAUGGAGCGUUCUGCUUCAAGGGUAAGGAACCAGAGAUCCCCCCUCCUGGACCUGUGACGACCACGCAUGCUCGCAGGAUAGACACGGCCACAGACGAACCUCCCACUACCUACCACGCAGGCGGACCAAACCUUACAGGCUCAACUCCCGCAGACAGAGCUGACCGCACAGCUGCAGACAAACCACACCAAACAACUGGCCAAGACAGAAGUGAGCAUACAGGUGGACCACACGAUACCGCUUAUACAGGCACAGUCCGACAUUACACUGCCACAGACGGAACACACUCCGCCAAAGACGAGCAUCGCACCACUGACCGCGAGACGACAGGCAAAGACAGAACUACCCAGGUAGGAGACAGAACGACAGACCAAAAGACAGACUUCUCUGUUGGUACCACUCAGUUCCCUGAGUACGAUGGGGAGGACUUUGUCCCAGACCUAACCAAGGUAGAGUCAUUGCCCCCCAUGGGUGAUCCCCUGCUCCCCCUACAGCUGCCCCCUCUUCCCACCAUCCGUUCCCAGCCCACCCGCCCCCAACUAGACAUCAACCAGGGGGGAGACAAGGAAGAGGGGGAGGUUCAGACAGGCUCAGGCAGGGGGGAGAGCAGUGGGAGUGGGGAGGGGAGCAGUAGUGAUGGGGAGAGUGAGGGGGAUGACCGGGGAGUGAUGACUCCCACACAGGGCUUCACGGCAGACACAGGACUGGGGUCGGACCCCUCACGCCCAGGACAACCAGGGUACCCAGGACAUCCAAAGGGGUAUCCAGGGUUGGUCACCCCAGAGCAUGGCCCAUCUGGUGGGGACAAAGUGACAGGACAGCAGCCUGCUGUGGUCUACAAGGGGGAGGAGGGCAAGAGCUCUAGAACAACAACCCACAGCCAACCAGGAGCCACGGAAUCAUACGGCAUGGACACAUCGGUGGCUAUCCAUGAGGAGGCCUCACCCACCAAACCACCAAUCCACCUCAUCAUCGUCGACGUGCACGACCGGAACCAAUCAGUGGACCACAUCCUGCAGAUUCUGGGACACCCUUUAGGGGGUAAUGGAGAUUUCCAGUCCCCUCUCAUCCCAGCCUUCCCAGUUACCCAGAGUGAGGCCAUUCGCGGCAGUGAGGACUCUGACGGCAUGCAUCCCAUCCCUUUUCCCCCAAUGCUCAGCUUCAUCAACGGGAAACACCAGCAGGAGGCUAGAGGAGACCAGUUUGAGAUGGCCACACCAGUCUAUGGUGAACUGGGAGGAGAGAUGGAGCAAGGAGAGGUGAAAAGCCCCACUCCCUUUGACUAUGACUCCAUCCAUACUGGAGAGACCAGUUCUACAGACACAGACGGAGAUACAAACAGACACACAGCGAAAGACACGGACAGAGGCACAGGCAGAGACAGGACAGGAAAGACGGAGAGCUCCAAUGGAACAACCCCUAAUUCCCAACACACAUCCCCAGUCUCUUCCCCAGUCUCAGCCUCAUCCUCUGGUUCCCCCCAUACUUCCCCAGAUGGCGUCUCGCCUGACGAGGACAUGGAAGGGUCAGGCGGCCGUACCCAGGAGGGCUCAGCAGAAUACACCCGACCCACCCCCGCCUCAGACAGCCAAUCAGCCGUGGUCACAGACGAGACGGAGAUUGGAGGGGCGGAGAGUGUCACACACGCCCCGUCUCAUACACACUCUGCUCACACUAAGGACACAAACACUAUUGAUACUUACACCAAGGACACACACACUCCAUCACACGCACACUCUACUCACACUAAGGACACAAACACUAUUGAUACUGACACCAAGGACACACACACUACAUCACAGACAGAGGCAGGAGACUUCGAGGGGUCUUCAUCGGCAGAAGAGGAAGGCUCGGCACAGGAGGUGUACCCACCUGAAGACCCCAGAUACACUAGCCCCGGCGGUCCUGGAGCCAUCCAAGCUCCCCCGGUGGGGCCUGGGGUUGAGGGACAGGUGACUGUUACACCCAAACCAGAAGUCAGACCAGGAACCAUGCCAACCCAGGCAGGAGAGACUGUAGGAGACCACCCUGGACAUCACACAGACUCUUCUACACAGCACAGAGACCACUCCCGCCAACCUGCCACACAGGAGAAAGAUCUCUCCACUCAUACUAAAGCUCAGACCAGACACCCCGCUACAGAUGGGAAGGACCAAACCAAUCAGCAUAACACACACGAUAGGAAUCACUCCACAGACACUCAGGAUCGAUCCAUGUACCCCCCUACACAAACCACCCAGCGUCCAACACACGUUAGGGAUCCCACCAAGAACCAGACCACAUACCACAGAGAUCACUCCACCCACACUAAGGAUCAAACCAAACAGCCCUCUCACCCUAGAUUCCCCCCCACCCACCAUAAAAACCAAACCAGUCACUCUACCACAGAUCAGAAGACCCCACAGCACCUGAACCAAACACACACACCCCCUGCACACCCCUCCACUCCACCUCCCUCCCGCCCCAUCCCCGACUGGGCCCUGACCCCCCAGACCCCCCGGCCUGAGGGGGAGGAGUUUGUGGAUUAUGACCGGGCGAUUGGUCCUCCUCUGCUGGAGGCCGGCCCCCAUGCUCCUAAAGAACCUCAGUCCACAUACCAACCUGAAACAGGAACUGACUACUACAUCGUGGACCAGACUGUCGAUGUCAGAGGACUGCAGCAGUGCACAUUGAAUGUGUGUUUGAACAAAGCGUCCUGCUACCAGAGAGGCAGAACCAGCAUCUGUGUGUGUCCAACUGGAUACACUGGACAGCGCUGCGAGACAGAUGUUGAUGAAUGCCAGUCCAACCCAUGUCGUAAUGGAGCCACCUGUAUGGACGGAGUCAACUCCUUCACCUGUUUGUGUCUACCCAGCUACACAGGAGGGCUCUGUGAACAAGACACGGAGGUGUGUGAGUAUGGCUGGCAGAAGUUCCAGAGCCAGUGUUAUAAGCACAUCACCCACCGUCGCACCUGGGACACUGCCGAGAGGGAGUGCCGUCUCCACGGAGCCCACCUCGUCAGUGUUCUGUCACUGGAGGAGCAGCUGUAUGUCAACGGUCUGGGCCAUGACUACCAGUGGAUCGGUCUAAACGACAAGAUGUUUGAGAGAGACUUCCGCUGGACUGACGGCAGCAUCAUGCAAUAUGAGCACUGGCGUCCCAACCAGCCAGACAGUUUCUUUCAGUCUGGAGAGGACUGUGUGGUGAUGAUCUGGCACGAGGGAGGACAGUGGAAUGACGUACCCUGCAACUACCACCUCACCUUCACCUGCAAGAAGGGCACAGUCUCUUGCAGCCAGCCCCCAGUAGUGAAGGAUGCUCGUGUGUUUGGUUCUAUGAAGCCUCGUUAUGAGAUCAACACUCUGAUUCGUUACCACUGUAAAAACGGCUUCAUACAGAGAUACCCCCCCACCAUCCGCUGCCGUGACAACGGCCAAUGGGACAGCCCCAAGAUCACCUGCAUGAGCCCCGCUACCUACCAGAAGUCUUUCGCUUCUAGGAAACACACCGACAAUCACAAUCAUAACCAGAAUCAGUACAAUCACAAUAAUCACAACCAGUUCAACUAUCAAAACCAACAAUACAACAGCCAAAACAAUCAAGACCAACAGAAGACCAACAACCAAAAGCAAAAACAGCAGAGCGAGAGGAGACAUCAACACUAAUCUGAUCUCUGGUCAGUCCUUAAAAGCGCAGAUACGGUUGCAAAAGGAACUUUCCCCAAAUUUCUGGAUUUCUGGAAAAUGUGGGAAUUUCUGAGAAAAUGUACAGUUAUUCUGCAUCCCUAAUCCCAGAGCAACUCAGAUCAGAUCACAUCCAACGGGCUAGCUAGAACCCAUAGAUAUACAUAUAUAUAUAUGUGUAUAUAUAUGUGUGUGUAUGUAUAUGUAUGUCAAUUUGUAUGUCAAUUUAUCUGGAUAGGGGCAUGGGGUUAUUUCACAAGGUUUAGUCAUAAUCAGCAAGCUAACUCUAAUAAACUCUGAUAAAACACUUUUCUAGUUUAUAAACAGGUGUUAUGAACAUUGUUACAGAGGGGAUUGAGUCCAUUUCAAAUUCAACCAGGACAAAUUGAAGUUUCAGAAUAUUUAUUUAAGUUAGCUGGCUAACUCGAUUUUGACCUUGCUUCGUGAAAUCCAACCCCAGAUCACUUCUAAUUCUUCCUACAACCGUGACACCACAGUGCCUUAAUGGUUAACACAGUGUCCAAUGUCCAUCUCAAUGGACAUUUCUCAAUCCAGCGCCUUCUGCUCUAGAGAUGGACAUUUCUCAAUCCAGCGCCUUCUGCUCUAGAGAUGGACACAUCUCAAUCCAGCGCCUUCUGCUCUAGAGAUGGACACAUCUCAAUCCAGCGCCUUCUGCUCUAGAGAUGGACACAUCUCAAUCCAGCGCCUUCUGCUCUAGAGAUGGACACAUCUCAAUCCAGCGCCUUCUGAACAUUUCCCCCUUGCCCUGUUUCUUUACCCCGUAGAAAUAACCCACUAAAAAUAACAGACGUAAAACCCCAAUUGUUUUGUUGGCGACACGUUUGCAAUAUUCCCAUGAAAGAGCCCAUUAAGUUAAAGGAACAUGAAUUGUUACGUUGUUUCCAAUAUUUGCAAUGUUUUUUUCCCCCUUCUCUCUCUCUCUCACAGAGUUUAUCACAAUCUUCGGUCAGUCACUUAAUUUGAAAAGUCACCAUGAAGUGAAAUCUGUCUCAUUAACGACUGUUGCCGUAUGGUGCACACAGUAGGACUCAUAUCAGGAACGAGCUCAAUCAGUUCCUUAUAGGAGAGGACAUGAAGAGAGGUCCGUGUCAGACGGUGUCUGUGACAGGUCACCUCCUUCAGUGGCGCUCCAGCAUAUACAAACGCAUCUGCCGACGUCUUCUCCUUAAAGGCAAUGGGUUUUUUUAAAGGGAAUGGGCUUCAUACGCUGAACCAAUUUUGUUAUUGUUAUGUGUGCAAUGACACAUGGGAGAAGAGAGAGUGCAAUUGAAUGUCAAGUCUUGUAGGUGGGAAAAGUUAUGUAAGAAGCUGUGGCCGUUUAAUUUAUUGCAUAUGUUACACCUAUACACGGCCUGUGAUACUGUUCAACUGAAGUGGCUAUUGUAAGGGUGACUUGUUUGGCUGUUUCCAGACAUCUGCCUUGCGUAGAGGGAACCUUGUCUUACAUCGUGUGGCCUUCCCAUAUUCUGUUUAGUAAAGUUCUACAAUACAGAUAUCUGAGCUGUGAUGGCGCUGUUCAGGGGGAUGACUUGUACCUGCGAGUCACCACAAACUGCUCUCAACAGAGGCGACUUUGAGAAGCAUUCCAAGGCACUUGAGCUAUGACCAUUUAUUCAGAAAUGCCACAAAUAAUGAUUCUUUCCCCGAGGACAGAAAGGACUGGGUGAAGAAACAGCAUUGGAAGUUGGUAGCCUAGGGCCUCUGUUCUUCAGUUAGGAUUCUGGUUCAUGUGUCUUCUUUGUUUACUGCUUUCAUCCGUUCUGUCUUCUCUCCGUGUAUGUGUUCUAUCAUAGUGUUUUAUCAUCCAAAUGAUGUGUGUUUCUACCCCAGAGAGCUGUAUCGGGGGGGGGGGGGGGAGAUUUUGUCCGUUUUUAUGUUCUUGUAUCUGUUGUGUAUGUCCCCAAAAACCCACUAAUACUGUACCUAUACACCAUCCUGUGCUCCCAUCUCACCUUGCGCUGACUGUGCAAUAAAAAUAAAUGCGAAUAAACCGAU